AUGGCGAACCAGUCCCAGUGCCUGGAGGACGCGCCCGGCCGCUGGCCCCCCGGGGAGCCGAGCUCGCCCGAGCUCUACAGCGAGGCGCAGCGGCUGGCGCUGGAGGAGCUUGUGGCGGGCGGCCGGGCCGCUUUCCGCGCUUUCCUGCGCCGGGAGAAGGUGCCCGGCUUCCUCUCGGAGCCCGAGAUCCAGGCCAUCCUCCAGGCGGCUGCGCCGCCGGCCGGGGCCGAGGACGGGGCGGCCGAGCCCUCGCUCAGCGCCUCGCUGGACUGCUCCUCGCUCACCUACUUCCCCGAGCAGUCGGACGUGGAGCCGCCCGUGCUGGAGCUGGGCUGGCCGGCCUUCUCCAGCGGCUCGUACCGCGGCCUCACCCGCGUGGAGGCGCUUUUCCAGCCCAGCUUCGGGGAGACCAUCUACAGCUGCAAGGAGGCGGUGCGCAGGCAGAUCCGCUCGGCCAGGGAGGUGAUCGCUCUGGUUAUGGAUUCCUUCACAGAUAUUGAUAUCUUCAGUGAUCUUCAGGAAGCCUAUAGAAAGCGGAAGAUUCCAGUCUACAUCCUUCUGGACCAAGAUUUUCUACCCCACUUCAUGGAAAUGUGCAGGAGUCUGGGAGUCUGCCCUGAGCAGGAAGGUCUGAUGAGAGUUCGAACUAUAACUGGGAACACUUACUACACAAGGUCAGGAGCUAAAAUUGUUGGGAAAGUCCAUGAGAAGUUCAUGUUAAUUGAUGGCAUUAGAGUGACGACAGGCUCCUACAGCUUCACGUGGACUGAUGGGAAAUUAAAUAGCAGUAACUUGUUGCUGCUGUCAGGCCAAGUGGCUGAACACUUUGACCUGGAGUUCAGGAUCCUUUAUGCACAGUCAAAACCGAUCAGCCCUAAGCUGCCAUCCAGCUGCCGGAGCAGUGGAAUAUUUGAUCACCUGGUCAAUGGAACAAAAUCACCUAAAGACUACACUGUGGGAAACCUCUUGAGAGCAGAGUUGGCCAGACUGUCAAGCACCCCCAAGAAACCACUGAAAAUAACAGAUUUGGCUAACAACACUGAAGGAAGCAAAUCCUAUAACCUAGGUCCUUCCUACAUCGGCACAGAGGAGUGGUUUGGAAGUCAGGAGGCCAUAGUGGAACCAAAGGAGGUGAACAGCAUGUCUACUCAAACUGAACCAUGGGAAGAGAAGCCCACAGUGACUCUCUCUAAUGCUGUCACGCAAACCAGUGUUGUAAUGGUAGCAUCUGGAACCCAAACCUCUGUUGCUGCUAGAAUGGCUGGCACUCAAACAGUUGUGCCACGGAAGACCGCUAUGACCCAGACAGACAAGAAGGAGAGUGUGGAAGAGCAUCUACUGCUGAGACAACAAUCGAAAGAAGGAUCUCCUUCAUCUGGAAAGUCCACAUCAACUUCUUCUAGUCUACGGUCACUUUCUUCAUCAUCUUCCCAGUGCUCUCUGGCAAGCUCUACCAGCUCGCUGUCCUCUCUGAGGUCCAUUGAGUACUCUGGCAACCACAGGGCAGAGUACUUCCAAAAACUGCAUAAAGAGAGGCAGGUCCACUACUCUGUUAUCAGGUCCAAACUUAACCAUAUGGUUGCUAUCCUCUCCCGAAGGGGACGCGUGCCUGAAAACUGUACAAGCUGCCACGUUGUAAGCUGCAAUGUAAAACAGAGGCGUGAGAUCAGCACCAGCCUACUCAGCCUCCGAGACAUUUCAGUGUUCAAAUAA